GCCGCGGGGAAAGUUUACGGGAUGUAGGCGGCGGCGGCGGUAGUGGUAGCGGUUACCCGGCGGCCCGCGGCGGACCAUGGCCCUGGCCCGGCGUCGCUGGGCUUUCCUCACGGCGUCCCCGAGCAGCGUCGCAGAGCGGGCCGACUUCCGGGAAGGAACUGACCAGCGACUGAGCGGCGGCCGGCGCGCUUAGCGCCCUGAACAUGCGGCAGUCCCUGCGGGCGACCCCGGGCUCCGGACAGGCGGCGGCGGAGGCGGCGGCUCGGGAGGGAACGAGGCGGCGGCGGCGCCGGCGGAGACGACCGGGGCGGAGACCUAGAGAGGCAGUUCAGCGCGGCCUCGGGCCUCGUCGAGAAGGAUGCUGUCCAGAAAGAAAACCAAAAACGAAGUGUCCAAGCCGGCUGAGGUGCAGGGGAAGUACGUGAAGAAGGAGACGUCGCCUCUGCUUCGGAAUCUUAUGCCUUCAUUCAUCCGGCAUGGUCCAACAAUUCCAAGACGAACUGAUAUCUGUCUUCCAGAUUCAAGCCCUAAUGCCUUUUCAACUUCUGGAGAUGGAGUAGUUUCAAGAAACCAGAGUUUCCUUAGAACUCCAAUUCAAAGAACACCUCAUGAAAUAAUGAGAAGAGAAAGCAACAGAUUAUCUGCACCUUCUUAUCUUGCCAGAAGUCUAGCAGAUGUCCCUAGAGAGUAUGGUUCUUCUCAGUCAUUUGUAACGGAAGUUAGUUUUGCUGUUGAAAAUGGAGACUCUGGUUCCCGAUAUUAUUAUUCAGACAUUUUUUUUGAUGGUCAGAGAAAGCGGCCACUUGGAGAUCGUGCACGUGAAGACUACAGAUAUUAUGAAUACAACCAUGAUCUCUUCCAAAGAAUGCCACAGAAUCAGGGGAGGCAUGCUUCAGCUAUCUGAGUCAAAAGCAGAGUACAGGUCACUACUGAAAACCUCAGAAAGAGAAGUCCUUCCGUCACAGACACCCGAAGACAGAAGAGCACAAGGUACCUGAAGGUGGCUUUAUGCUAGGCCCCUGCUACUCAAAGUGUGGUCAGUGGACAAGCAGCAUCCACCUCGCCCAGGCACUAAUUGGAAAUGCAGAAUCUCAAUCCUUACCUGGGCCUAAAGUUUCAGAAUCUGCAUGCUAUGGGAUUCCCAGGUGAUUCACUAGCAUGUUGAAGUAUGAGACCUGCACUAGCUCAGAGGUGUCAUCCCCAGUUGCAUGCUGUAAUCACCAGAAGUGUUCUUUAAACCAUGAUGGGUGGGUCCCAUCAUGGAUACAGGGAAUCGAAAUCUCUAAUGGGAAUUCCUGCAUGGGAGAUUCCAAUGUGCAGACUGAUACUGAGAAUCCCACAUAACAGUCAAUGUCUCUCCUUCAUGCUCUUUCAAAUACACCUCUGUCGGAACAUAUGUGAUAACCACUCUAAUCUAUAGAGUCUUUCUAGGUACUAGUCACUAUGCUGAACACUUUAUCCAUAUAACUUCCUUUAAAUCCCCAUAGCCCUAUACCCUUGGUAUUGGCAUCCCCGUUUUACAGAUGAGAAAACUGAAUCUUAGUGUUUAAGUAACCUUUUCAGGCUCCUAUGGCUGGUAAGCAGCAAAGGACAGGCUCAAACCCAGGCUCUCAUUUCUAUGCUCUUAACCCUAUUAUAAUAUAGUGACUGGUUUACUUGUACCUCUCACUAAAAUGUGACCUUUCGAUGUUAAGAUACAUGUCAUUCCUUCUUUUGUUUGGUACCCAAUUCAAAAUAGUUGCACAAUAAAUAUUAAGGACUAUCAAGCACAUCAUUUGCUUGUUAUUUUACAGACACACAACAAAAGGUCGAUGGGUAAAAAUAUGGACGCAUGAGACACAACUCAGAAACCCUGAGCUGGGUGACAAUGGUGGCCUUUUCUCUCCUUCAGGAUAGCAUUAGGAGCUUAGUUGGUGCCAGCCAAUGUUUUAUCUGCAAGUGUGGCCUCAAGACACUAUCAUUCAGACCUUUCACCAUAUCAUACCUCAAGGUUAGGGAUCUGAGAUGCUUCUACCAACAUUCCCAGUAUAUCAGGGCAGCUCAUGACAUGCCUCCAUGUUUUCCAUGUGGGUCAUCAGACAACAGAGCACCAGAGAGGAUUGAACUAAAUGAAUACUCAAGUGCCUUCCAGUCCAUUUACAGCUUCCAUUUCAGCUAUAAUUCCCAGCUGUCUCCAAUUAGCAAACGUUUGUGCAGACAUCAUGAAGGCAUCAUGUGCUCCCUGUAGCUUGUAAAACAGCUAUGAUUUUGGUGCCUUAGCACCAUCCUGUAACCCAAAUCUCCAGCUCAACUUUGCUUUCCACUGAAGCGCUUCAUCCUGCUCCAACAGGCACCCUGUACCCACACCCAAGUUCCCACGAAAACUCCAGAGAGACCAGUGAGUUACUCUGAUGUUUAUUUUAAUGCAUCUUAGUCCACACAGUUGGUAUAAAAUCAGAAAAUGCAAAGCAAAAACAAAA